AUGGUGGAAGCCGCCGCGGGACGCCGGUCGGGUACCAGCCCUCGGCGGCCUAGCGGCGGAGGGGAGCAGCAGCUGCCCCUUGUCGCCGUCGCGCUCGCCACGCGCGUCGUCAUGGUCACGUCCGCUCCGCCCGCGGGGGGCGGUGUGGGAGGAGGUGGAGCGGCCGCUGGUGGCCGGUGUCUCGAUGACCUUCUCGGCUGCCUGCUCGGCGUGCUCCGCGUGCUUGGCUUCCCGUGGGCCGCGUCCCCUCAGAGGCAGCCGCGCCCAGUGCCGCCACGCGGGGCCAUCCCGUCGACAGCGGACGGCCGGCGCUUCGCGGCGGAGCUGAGGCGGAUCCCCGGCCGGAUUGCUGGCAAUGGCGCCUGCGCUGUUGCGUCGCUUUACACGAUGCAGGGCAAGAAGGGCGUCAACCAGGACGCGAUGAUCGUUUGGGAGAACUUCUGUUCAAGAGAUGACACCAUUUUUUGCGGUGUGUUUGAUGGUCAUGGACCUUACGGUCAUUUGGUUGCUAAGAGAGUGAGAGAUCUCCUACCCGUAAAGCUUGGUGCGGAUAUGGGGACAGAUAAGGGUAGAGAGACACCCGCUAGCAACAUGGAAGGCAACACAAAUGAAGUAGGUUUACCCGUAAACCCAGAGAGAAAAGAAACCACCACUUCUGUUGCAGCUGAGCAGGAUAGGGAAUACCCAGAGAUAUUCACAACAUUCAGAACUUCAUUCUUGCGGGCUUUUCACAUAAUGGACAGGGAUCUGAAGUUACACAAGAAUAUCGAUUGCUUUUUCAGUGGAACUACAGCAGUGGCAGUGCUCAAACAGGGUCAUAAUCUUAUAAUAGGCAACUUGGGAGACUCAAGAGCUAUCUUAGGCACUAGAAAUGAAGAUGGUCAGCUCAUUGCUGUCCAGUUGACGGUUGAUCUCAAACCUAACAUUCCAAGUGAAGCACAACGCAUCAGGCAACGCAGGGGCAGAAUAUUUGCACUUCCUGAGGAGCCAGAGGUUGCUCGUGUUUGGCUGCCAAAGUAUAACUCACCUGGAUUGGCCAUGGCAAGGGCAUUUGGAGACUUCUGUCUUAAGGAGUAUGGUCUAAUUUCUAUGCCUGAAGUCUCCUGUCACCGUGUCACAGAGAAGGAUGAGUUUAUUGUGUUGGCGACUGAUGGGGUGUGGGAUGUGCUGUCAAACACUGAAGUUGUUAGCAUCAUAAGCAGAGCCACUUCUCGGGCUUCUGCAGCACGCUUCCUGGUUGAAUCAGCUAAUCGUGCCUGGCGUACUAGGUACCCUACUUCUAAAAUUGAUGACUGUGCUGUUGUUUGUCUCUUCCUGAAUACACAUGAAGCAGAUGAACCAUCUAGUUCUGCAGCCAACAAUUUAGCAAAUGCUCUAGAAGUUAGUGGUGAUAAGCACUCAACAGUUGUCCAACUGAGCACUGGAGUAUCUGCCGAUGUGGUUAAUGCACCUGUGAAAGAUACAAAUGAGCUAUCUUUUGUUGAUGCUGUUGCGAAGCCAGUUACUGUCUCAGAUUUGACAAAGGAUGGUUCAGGCACAAAGCAAAGCAUCAUUUGA